GUGCGAGUUUGCAAUCGUAACUUCUGUGAUUUUCCAUGAAGAUUAUCGAGGUUCCUUGCCGAAAAAUGAAUCGAAACGAUUCGAAGAUUUUCUCUGGGCUUACCUUGGCGGAUUUACAGCAGUACAGGAAUUUUUUUCCAGGCCCGGAUCAAUUUUACGAGAAAAAUGAAGGUGGAUGCAACACUGGACAUAAUGAUGACUGCAAUGUCAAUAAUGGAAAUCCUUCAGAAACUGGAUUGAAAAGUUUAGGAAAAUUAGAUGAAAGUGGUGGCGAUGUUACAAGCGAUACCCACUCAGAAAACAAUGUUUCGGAUUGUGGUGACAUGGAGCGACCACGAUCAAAUCGAAAAGUUCUGAGACCAUCCAAGAGUGCGAUGAGAAAUGAUCCAUCAUUCCGUGGUGUGACGUUUAAAUUGAAAGCAAACUUAAAGCGAAAAGCAAGGGGACCGGAAUCUCAGCUGGUUAUUGACUCCUUUUUCAGUGUACGGAAACGUCAACGACGACAAAAUGAAAAUUCUCUAUCGAUCGGACGAAUGAGACGGUCGUCAAGUAACAUCGUUGACAGCGGCAGCAGUUGCAGUGGAUCCGAACACGAAACUAAAGUCGCAUAUACGUAUCACCAAACACACCGACCAACGACUGGUAAGCAGUGUGCAUCUUGUAGCACUCGGUCCACGCCAUUAUGGAGGGACGCAGAAGACGGUACACCAUUAUGUAAUGCAUGUGGAAUACGAUACAAGAAGUAUCGUGUACGGUGUUCCUAUUGUUGGCAUAUUCCCAAGAAAGAUGGAAAAUCUUACCCAAACUGUGCAAGAUGUGGCGACUGUCUGCGUCUUUCAGUUAUACCACGUGACCGUGAACAGUCUCCAAUCAGUUAUCAAUAA